AUGACUCUCUUUACGUUACUUAAACCUGCAAAGCCGAAGUCCAAAGUCACUUUCAAAGGGAAUUCUGCGUCUUAUGUUGGCAAAGAUUUCAGAUUUUGGUCAGUCAUGGAUGACAAAGAUUCAUGGGAUUCCGUCUCUGAAUUCACACUCGCUGAGAUUUUGGAAAUGGAGAACAUUUACAAGGAAAUAGGAGAAGAAACACUUAAUAAAGAAUUCUGCCAAGAGCUUGCUACCAACUUCAGCUGCUCUUCCAACCGUAUGGGAAAAUCUGCUGUAACAUGGCAACAAGUCCAAAUUUGGUUCCAAGAAAAACAAAUGGAGACACAAAGUAAACAAGGGCCAUCACCAAUGGCCUUGGAGCUAUUUGUUGAUCUUUCAAGUGUAAAUUCAAGCAAACCAUCUGAGAGCUUGCGGAGGCACAAAGGUAAGGUUGAAGAUCUUAAGGAGUUGUCAUUUGAAGCCAGAUCAUCAAAAGAUUAUGCAUGGUACGAUGUUGACUCGUUCCUCACCUAUAGAGUCCUUAGUACUGGUGAACUUGAAGUGCGUGUACGAUUCUCUGGGUUCGCUAAAACAGAGGAUGAGUGGGUAAAUGUGGAAAAGGCAGUUCGUGAACGAUCUAUUCCUUUAGAACCUUCGGAAUGCAAUAUGGUUAAAAUUGGAGACCUUGUGCUUUGCUACCAGGAUAGAGAGCAUCAUCAAGUCUACUAUGAUGCCCAUGUUGUGGACAUCCAAAGGCGGGUGCAUGACAUUAGAGGCUGCAGGUGCAUUUUCAUGGUCUGCUAUGACCAUGACUACAGUAAGGAAAAGGUUCCGCUGCAGAGGUUAUGUUGCCGGCCUCGGCAAUAGGUUUUUUGGGUUCACCAUCAAGUAAGGUAGCAUUUGGUGUCCUACAAUGUAAUGUGAUUGUUGUAAUGCAAUUGUUGAUAAUGUGGUUGUUGAGAAAAUAAUAUUACAUCUUUUUGAUUUACUAGGAACGUAAUAUUAAUUUUUA